AUGGGCUUACCGACUUUUGGUGCUUUCUCGCAGCGCAGUGUUCCUACGCAGCCUGUUCCUACGCAGCCUCAUCCAGAUCCGGAGUUCACGGAAGAGACACCAUGUGAGCUAUUAGCUCAAGGAGAUGGUCAUGGCAGUUUCAUUGUCGUUGCUUAUGGCUCUGCACAGCCCCCUAGGGACCGGGUACGAUUGCACAACCAGCCAGUCGUUGAUAUUCACUAUGUGGUCAGCGUUUCAGACAUUGUGCCCGGUUUCGAAGAAUCACCUCUUCCGCUGCCGAAUACAGAAGUUGGUGUACAGUCAGUGACUGAUGCCCUUGGCAGUUAUGGUUCGAGGAAGGCCGACAUGAAGGGAAAGAAGGUAACUUGA